AUGCGAUAUGCAGCCUCAUUGCGUGGUACAUGGGCUUUUUGGAGCAAGUCCCGACAUGACCUUACAUCAAUGAUAGAACAGUUAGGUGCUCCUACAUUGUUCUUCACCUUAAGCUCAGCUAACACAAAAUGGCCAGACUUGCAUAAGUUAUUACCAAAGUCAAAAUAUGAAUGGCAGCACCGAGGCUCUGCACAUAUACAUGGCUUUCUUUGGUUGCAACAAGCACCAAAUAUUGAUAACCUUAACUGGUCAGAUCAUGCAAAUGUCCAAUCAGUAAAACAGUUCUUUGACCAGUACAUCACAGCAUGGAAUCCACGUUGUGAAGAGGCUCGCUUGAACAGGCAAUAUAUGCCUACAAUUUCAGAUCCAUGCCUUGUAGAUACAGAGACCAUAUCCAAAUUAGAUCCUUAUUACAUACGAUGGCAUGUGAAUGGUUUUCAAGAACACAUUACCAUAGAAAAUGGUGAAGACCUACAACCAGAAGAUAUUCAUCAAUCAACUCAAGAAGGGCUCUACGAAUGGGAGUUUUUGUCACAAAUGGGAGCAUCAAACAACUUCAAUGUUGCAGCUCUUCAACUACUUGGCAAAUGUGAUUUUGAUCUACAGUUUGAUUGGACUGCUUCUAUACCUGAUGAACCACUGCAUUCAAAAGCAUUUAAUUUUAUUCUCACAGAGAAAAGCCAAGCACCCCACAAUCUUAAGAACCCACAUUUUAAUGCACCUGCUAACUAUGAGCUUGCACAAAACCAAAUGAUUGCACUUGAUAUUAUCAAAUCUCAUGCUGACCACAACCUACAUUCUUCACCAUUGCGGUUAAUCAUUCAAGGCACUGCAGGAACUGGAAAAUUAUUUCUUAUUGACUGCAUAUGCAAACAGUUAAAUUCAAGGACAGAACAUGCACAAUGCCCCUUGCUUAGGAAGCCCGGUUGCAGGAGCUUUCACACAGCACAGAACAAGCAUACCUAUAGAACAAACAGAAUCAGUCUACGUGUACGGGUGUACUCGCGGGCUAGUGGCCGCCUGCCACGUGGCGGGGCGCGGGUCCUCCGGGUUAGGUUGACCGUCGGCCAAGUAGGAGACACCGGCGGCAAAUUUGGGCACCGACGGAGGCGAGUGGACGGGCGCGGCAGGAGGUGGCGCGGCCCGGGAGAAGGCGGUGCCGGAGCGCCGUCGGCGGUAGAGUCCGGCAAGUCUCUGCGGGCGGUGGUUGGCGAGAGAUCUGCAGGAAUCGGCGGUGUACGUGCGCGAGCUGACAGAGCCGAGGUGGAGGACGUGGCGGCGACGGGCGCGGUACACUGCAGGCCGCGGGACGAACAGGUACGGCGCGUGCGGACCUGCAAACCUGCAACGCCAAUUUUAAAGACAGUUACCUUCAAUCUUUUGUUGGCUCUUUCAAUCUGGAGCGUUCUGUAUGCACAACCAGGAUUCAUCAGCCUGGACUGUGGCGCAGAAGGUGGAUAUAAUGGUCCACGUGGCAUUAGCUGGACCUCAGAUGAACAAUACAUUAAUUCAGGUGAAAAAAGAAGCAUUUUGACUGAUCAGUCAGAGGUGGACCAGCCAUUGAAACAUCUUCGCUGUUUUCCUCAAGGCAAGCGAAAUUGCUACAAUUUACCCGCUGUGCGGGAAAGAAAAUACUUAAUCCGCGCGUGUUUCUUAUAUGGUAACUAUGAUGGCCGUGAGUCACAACCACAAUUUGAAUUGCUGGUUGACGCUAAUUUUUGGGCCACUGUUGUAAUAAACAAUAGUAACAAGACCUUUUGCAACGGAAUAAACGCCAUGGCAAGAGGUCCCUCCAUUAAUGUGCGUUUUCCUCGCAGUACAGAUGAUGUUCCUUUCAUUUCAACCUUGGAAUUUCGCCUGCUCAUGCCAGCUAUGUAUGAGGUUGUAGGAAUAACUAUUGACUUCAAAGUGGUUUUGUGCAGAUAUCCAGAUGAUGAAUUCGAUAGGCUAUGGGUCAAGGGACAAAUAAAUGAUACCGUUUAUAGGAACACCAUAAAUUUCAUUCCUUCAACAGAGGAGUUCCAAAUACCAUCAGCUGUGUUAGAAACUGCCUUGGUGGGCAGCAACAAGAGCAUGGGAAAUGUUAGAUGGAAUUGGAGCGUUCCAGAAAUUGGUGAAUACUAUUUUGUGAUGUGCUUUGCUGAAGUACAAGAACUUGACGUUAAUGCAAUAAGGGAGUUCAAUGUAAGUAUCAAUGGGUAUUCAUACCAGUCUACUGUUACAUUAGAUGACUACCUCGAUUUGAUUGUCGUCAAGUAUGGACCCAUCAAAGCUGAUAGCUUGGAAAAUGUCCAAUUUUCUCUUGAUCCUACCAAUCGAUCGAGCGUGGGUGCAAUUAUCAAUGCCUUGGAUAUCUACCAAUAUAGCAGGCUACCCAAUAAUGGAACUAAAAGUGACCCAAUAAUGGAACUAAAAGUGAAGAUGAUGCCAUUUGCCGAUAUUGUGAGGCACUUCAAUCUGGAGAAAGAGUGGAUGGGUGAUCUGUGUCUUCCACAGAAAUAUAGUUGGGAUCGGGUGGAUUGCAAUCAAGACUCCUCACCAAGGAUUAUUGCAGUGACACUACCCAACAAGCAUCUGAAUGGAACCAUACCUCCAAACUUUGCCAAUCUCUCUGCUCUUGUUAAGUUGGACUUGGCAAGAAAUAAUUUGAGUGGUUCAAUACCAGAGGCUCUGGCUACUCUCUCCAAUCUUAAACAACUGAAUUUGGCAGACAAUGACUUAAACGGGUCAGUGCCAAUUGGUCUCUCUGAACAAAAGCAACGUGGAAAACUCAUUCUAAGUGUUUAUGGCAAUGAAAAGCUUUGCCAAGUAGGCAUUUGCAAGGAUGCCCGAAAAGGAAAGACUAGCAAAACACUAGUUGUUUGGUUAAUAGUAGCAGGGGUUGCAAUACUUAUAAUCUUUACUGCAAUAUUAAUCUUUAUCAAAAUUAAAUCAAGCAGAAAAAUUCGAAAAGGGAAAACUGAAACAGGACAUUUGAAUCUUGACAAAUUUGAUGGAUGUCGAUCGUUCAGUUUCGAAGAGGUAAGAGUUCUGACUAGCAACUUUCAGACGGAGAUUGGAAAAGGAGGAUAUGGAACUGUUUAUCUUGGUUGUCUUCAAGACAAGGAUGUGGCCGUCAAAAUCUUGUCUGAUAAAUAACAUCAGGGUGCCAUAAAGUUUUCCACAGAGUUACACCAUAAGAAUCUCGUAAAACUUAUGGGAUACUGCAAAGAGGAACAAAAUUUGGAUCUUGUAUACAUGUCUAAUGGAGACUUGCGACAUUUUCUUGAUGGUCAAACUUCUUCAAAAAAUUAUCUAGACUGGGAAAGAAGACUCAACAUUGCAUUAGAUGCUGCCCACGGAUUGGAAUAUCUACAUGUAGGAUGCAAGCCAAUCAUUAUUCACAGAGAUGUAAAGAGCUCCAAUAUUUUGUUGAAUGACCAAAUGGAAGCAAAACUAGCAGAUUUUGGGUUGUCAAAUGGGACCACUGGAUAUCUAGAUCCAGAAUAUUAUACUACAAAUUGAUUGACAGAAAAGAGUGAUGUUUAUAGCUUUGGAGUUGUUUUGAUGGAGAUUAUUAGUGGAAAACAUCAUCACUUUGUAGAGGAUUCAAUAUCUACCAGUGAACACAUACAAAUCAUUAAUUGGGUAAGGGCAUUCCUAUUAAAGGAGGACAUAGAGAACAUUACAGAUCCUAAUUUACUUGAAAAUUAUGAUAAAGAUGCAAUGUUGAAAGUGGCAAAUUUGGCAAUGUGUUCUGGGUGUUCGCGUUUGAAUUCACGCGACCUGUUUGUGACUCCCAACGACGUUGCACACAUUUUUUCGCGCGAUUAUAUUUAUGUUCGUCAUCGGGAGUCGUAUGUUGUUGUGUAUGUGUAG